AUGUUCGCAUUUUCAGCGAUAUUGCUGUUCUUUUGGAAAGGUGUCAUAGGCCAGAUUCGGUAUUCUGUCUCUGAGGAGCAGCAAGAUGGGACCGUUGUGGGAAAUAUCGCAAAGGAUUUGGGAAUUGAUUCUAGAACCUUAAAGGAGAGAGGAUUCCGUAUUGUGUCAGCAUCAAGAGAUUCACUGUUUAAUGUGAAUCAGGAUGACGGCAUUUUGUACCUCAGUAAGAGACUGGACAGAGAGGAGAUAUGCGAGAAAAGCAUUACCUGUGUGAUCAACCUAAAAAUCGCAGUGGAAAAUCCGCUAGAGGUUCACUAUGUAGGGGUAGAGAUUUUAGACAUAAAUGACAAUGCACCAAGUUUUCCAGAGAAAAACAAACAGUUGGAGAUAUGGGAGUCUGCUUUACCAGGGGCACGUUAUCAGCUACAGGCGGCACGGGACCUUGAUAGUGGAGCUAACGCAGUUCAGAGCUAUAAACUGACUCAUACUGAUUAUUUCCGCUUAGAUAUAAAAGACCGUGGCGCAGAUGGUAAAAUACCCAUUUUAGUUUUGCAAAAGCCUUUGGACAGAGAGCUCACGAAGAACAUGAGAUUUUUGUUGACCGCUGUUGACGGAGGAAGGCCUCCUAAAUCUGGAACUAUGGAAAUUGUUGUUACUGUAUUGGAUGUAAAUGACAACAUGCCUGUUUUUACUAAAGACGUUUACUCUGUCUCGCUGAAUGAAGAUGCGGAAAUUGGAACAACAGUUGUGCAGGUGAACGCCACUGAUUUGGAUGAGGGCUCAAAUGGUGAGGUUAUCUAUUCAUUUGGCAGUAAUGCUGACGACAAAUUGCGUGAAAUGUUUGAAAUAGACGCAGUCACUGGCGAAAUCACUGUGAAAGGCCCAAUAGAUUAUGAGGUUAAGGAUAAUUAUGAGAUCGAUAUCCAGGCAUCUGAUAAAGGAUCUAUUCCUAUGAAAACGGAUAAAAGUGUAGUCAUUAAAAUUGUUGACGUAAAUGACAAUGUACCUGAGAUAGAAGUGACAUCAUUUUCGACAGAAAUCCGUGAAGACUCUAGACCCGGGACGACAGUGGCUCUGAUCAGUGUCAACGAUUUGGACUCUGGUCUAAAUGGAAAAGUUUCAUGCUCCUUACCAGAAGACGUGCCAUUCAAAUUAACGCCAUCGACACAAAAUAAUAUUUACUCUUUGGUUACAGAUGCAGAGCUGGACAGGGAAAAGACUUAUCAAUAUGACAUUACAUUAACCGCCACAGACGCAGGAAAACCACCUUUAACCUCUUUUAAAACAAUAACUGUCGUAGUGUCUGACGUAAAUGAUAAUAGUCCACAGUUUUCUCUGUCCCCAUACAUGUUUUAUGUCGCUGAAAACAACGCUCCAGGCGCAUCUUUGUUUUCUGUCUCAGCUUCUGACUGUGACUUAAAUGAAAACGCACGUGUCAGCUAUCAAAUUUGGAGAGACCGCGGUGAAGACAAGUAUUCAUCAUUCCUGAACAUAAAUUUUGAAAAUGGUGGGAUAUACGCUCUGCAAAGCUUUGACUAUGAAACAAUUAAAACAUUUCAAUUCCUGGUAAUAGCUUCAGACUCUGGUACUCCAUCGCGUAGCAGUAAUGUAACCGUAAAAGUGUUUAUUCUGGAUGAGAACGACAAUGCUCCAGUGAUCUUAUCGCCUGUCAGCACUAACGGCUCUGAAGGCGUGGAAGAGAUUCCCCGAAAUGUGAACGCAGGCCAUUUGGUGACCAAAGUCAGAGCCUAUGAUGCAGAUAUAGGAUACAAUGGCUGGUUAUUAUUUUCUCUGCAAGAAAUUACUGACCACAGUCUCUUUGGUCUGGACCGCUAUACAGGACAGAUAAGAACUCUUCGGUCAUUCACAGAAACAGACGAGGCUGAGCAUAAACUGGUCAUAGUGGUCAAGGACAACGGGAACAUUUCACUUUCAGCAACGGCGACUGUGAUUAUCAAGGCCGUGGAGCCCAAAGAGGCGUUUGCAGCAUCUGAUGUUAUAAGUGCAGUUAAAGACGAUGAGGAAAACCAUGUGACAUUUUAUUUGAUCAUUACUUUAGGCUCAGUUUCCGUGCUUUUUCUGAUCAGUAUUAUCGUGCUGAUUGUAAUGCAGUGCUCCAAAACCACAGACUAUUCCUCCAAGUAUUUACAAGAUACCAGUUAUGACGGAACACUGUGUCACAGCAUCCAGUACAGAUCUGGAGACAAACGGUACAUGUUAGUUGGACCCAGAAUGAGUAUCGGCUCUACUUUGGCUCCAGGCAGCAAUGGGAAUACAUUAAUAGUACCAGAUCGCAGGACACGUUCGGAUGAGGUAAGAGUCUGA